CCAAAAGAAGAAGAAGAUUAGUGGAAAAGUUUUUAAAGUUUAUCGUAAAAUUCACAAGUUUGUAACAAAUAUAUAGGUACUAGUAAUAUGUGGCCUACAUCUUAAAUGUGUCUGAACAUUUAAUCUCGAACAAAAUAAUAACUAUAAUAAUAACUGAUAAAUACAGAUAACAUUGAGCGUAAAUAUUACGACUGCCAGAGUAUUAGGCAUUUAUAUUUCAACAUCACCAAUAUCUAUCACUCUGGGAUAAAUUUAUUAUAUUAAUAUUAUUGGACAAUGUCUGUACAAGCUAAAGUACUGUCGAUUCAGAGUCAUGUUGUCCACGGAUAUGUUGGAAACAAAAGCGCUGUUUUUCCGCUUCAGGUUUUAGGAUUUGAAGUUGAUGCCAUCAACACUGUACAAUUCUCAACACACACUGGAUACAAACAUUUGAAAGGCAAUGUCUUGCAAAAUGAAGAAAUGGAGGAGCUCAUUGAAGGCCUCAUUUUGAACGAUGUUCAUCAUUACACACACUUCCUAACGGGGUACUCUAGAUCACCAGACUCUUUAAGGCGAAUUGCAGAAAUCAUUCAAAAGUUAAGACAGAAAAAUCCACAUUUGGUUUAUGCAUGUGAUCCAGUAAUGGGAGACAAUGGGCAAAUGUAUGUGCCGGAUGAGAUUCUGCCAGUGUACCGAGAUGUGCUAGUGCCUCUAGCAGAUAUACUUACACCCAACCAGUUUGAAGCUGAACUGAUCACUGGUAUAUCCAUGAAGAACCAGGAUGGUGCUGUGAAGGUUAUAAAGGCACUGCACCAGCGUGGAGUAAAGACUGUCGCGUUGUCCAGCACAGAGCUUGGAGAUGAUCAGAAAAUGCUUGGGAUCGCUAGCAAUAAUGUGACAUGCUACAAGAUCGAAAUCCCGAAAUUGGACUCCAACUUCACGGGUACAGGGGAUUUGUUCGCCGCACUGUUCCUUGCCUGGUCACACAAAACCAACAACAACCUCAAACUGACCCUCGAGAAAACCAUCGCUACCUUACAGAUUAUCGUGAAGGAUACAUACAAUACUGCCAGAGAGACCUAUCCCACUGGUAAAAUCCCGGCAGCCGCCAGAGAACUACGACUGAUUCAAAAUAAGAACGCCAUUGAAAAUCCCCCAAUCACAAUACAGGCUACGGAGAUUAAGUUAUAAAAAUAUGUCACGAAAGCAAAUAAUAAUAUCAAGUACAAAAUAUCAACAAAGAUGUUAAGUAAGUAUAAACUGUUAGAUGAAAUCGUUUAUAUACGCUUUCAACUAAAAAUGUUGACAGUACUUACUUAUGUAUUAGAGGUGUUGUUUUAAAUUUAAGUUUACGUAUAUUUUGCUUGAGCAAUAAAAAUUAGAGAUUGCAUUAAAAAGACAACAACAAUAAAUGAGCAAUAAGUACUCAAUAUAAUGUUAUAGGACUUAAGGCGCCAACCCACCGCGGCGCAAGCUGUGCACGGCCACGCGCACGCGUGGACGUGCACGGAUUUAUUUCUUUGACUACGUGGGUCAACGUUUCCACUGCCUAUGUACACGCUUCCGUGUAUCCCGUGCAUACAGGUCAGUACGAUAGUUAUCGUACACAUACGAUAAUUUUGUGCGUACGUACGAUGUACGAUAGCAUAUUAUUAAUGAUAAAAAUUAUCGUAUAAUCUGCGUACGAACGCAGAUUAUACGAUGAUUUUUAUCAUGAUGCAAACAUAUUAUAUUUUUAAACAUACUGUAUAGUGAA